AUGAGGGAGACAGCGUGGCUCACCGUCGGUAAGCCCGAGCCGGAGUUAUAUCGAUUUGCGAUGGUCGAAAUCGCGAUCGGCCGACUGGUAUCGAGCGGUGGUCACGGAAUAGGGGCGGCGCGGCGGUCCGCGGCAAGUUCGACGUCUGGCCUUGGAGGGAACCAGUCCGUCUCGUCCGAAACACCUCUGGGCAAUUAUUCAAUAAAACAAAAGCAUCCACCGGCCGCGUUUACGUCACACCGCGAGUUGUGCGCGUUGUUU